AUGUCUUUCAUAAUGGGGAUUGGGCAGAAAUCAAAGAAGCGUGGCAAUAUUGGAAACCGAAUGGAACAGAACCAAAAAACCCUAACCCAACGAUUUAAUGCAAGAAUAAACUUAUGGAUUACAUUUAUUGAAGAGCACAAACAUAACGCAGAUGUAUUGACCAGAGUAGUUCAUGAUGCGCAUUUGUUGGUUUAUUAUUCUAUUCGGGACUUGGCUAAUAGUUGCGAUACAAGUCUGGCCCUUUUAAACGAUAUCAGUGUAGAAUUCGACAUAGCUAAAGCCACGAGAAGUUUUGAUAUCGUAGUUUUAGAAGAUAUCGAGGCGACUAUGACAAGGAUAUUGGAUUAUGUUGAAGAUAAUGAAACGCGCAGCCGGGGCAUUGCAGAGGGACUUCAAGAAAGCCAUGUCAUGGUUGAGAAUGAGGAAUCUAACCUAAAAGCAGGUAGUAAAGAAGUAAGUCAAAAAAUGUUUUUUCGUGGUACAGGGGCAGGCUUGGUCGUGGGCGCUCUCGGAGGUCCUUUAGUUAAGGCAUUAUGCCAUGUAGCUUGGAGCUAUACUGCUUGUACCGUUACCGGUCUUUUAGGCGGGGGUUCUUUUCUUGCGAAGAUCACAGAUUUGGUGAACCAAUAUAAGAAAAAAGAUUCAGAUGAACUUUCUAAAACUAUGCAAAAGCUAAACAGCAAGAUGAAUGAUUUGAAAAGAGAGUUUGUAGUAUUAGAACUUGAAAUGAACAGGAUGCCUUCGGAGAUUCGAAACUAUGCUGCAUCAGUUGAAAGAUGUAUUAGAUACGCUACUCCUGAUAAUCCCGAAGCUAGGGCACAGCGCAUUAGAGUCAAGAAAAUGUCUAAACGUAUGCUUUUGUCCACUGAUGCAUUAAAAGAAAAGUUUGAACAAAUUGGUGAUAUGGCAAGAUCAGUAGAAUGGGAAUUAGAAAGUAUGCUUCUCGAGCAUGAACCACCUCAACUUUUGCCCCAUCAGAACGAAGCUGCUGCACGCUUGUUGGAUCAAUAA